GUGGCGAUAUAUCUCUUAAUGCUAGAAGCACAGAAGAAGGGGAAAACAAGAGUGGACGCGCUCUGACUUUCGGAAACAUCUACGUUCGUGUAGUAUUAGCUCGUUUACAGCCGCCAGACGAAGCAUCUUGCUAAUCAAGCGAGCAAGCAGGUCAGAGAUUAGGAUGUCUUCGGUGUCUGUCGUGCUGUUGUUCUUGGGCUGAAGACAGUGUGCUGAGGUAAUGCGCGCUUUAUCUGCGGCGACAGGCCCAGCGUCCACCGUGAGUUCACACACACCCGUCACGCGUUAUCGCUCCGGGAUUACCUGCGCGUUCAGCGCGAUGUCAUGUAUAUAAGCCCAGCCGUGUCGUUACCGAGCGAUAGAGAAGAGUGAAACCGGACGUUACCGGCUCAGUGGUUUUGAAUGGAGCGCUGCGUGCGCGAACAUGACCGACUUUCAGCUUCGUACUGAGAGAAACAAGUGCGUAGCUUCCCGCUGACAAGAAAAUAUGAGCUCAGAAAGCCAACAGGACACGUUUUUCCGGACCAUCUGAAGAGUUAAACCGCAAAAGCCGCCAAUAUGAGGAUCUUCAGGACUUUGAUGAACUCUGCAUCCAUCGCCAAACAAAUCGACUUUUACUCCAGAUUCUCACCUUCUCCUCUCUCUAUGAAGCAGUUCAUAGAUUUUGGUUCAGAGAACGCAUGUGCGAAAACGUCCUUCACGUUCCUUAGACAGGAACUGCCUGUCAGGCUGGCGAAUAUUAUGAAGGAGAUCGAUUUGUUGCCUGAUAAUCUUCUGAGAACUCCUUCAGUGCGCCUGGUGCAGAGCUGGUACAUGCACAGCUUCGGGAUUCUGGAGUUCAAGGACGGGAUACGCACUCUCAGCUUCACAGAUGCUGUGAUAAAGAUCAGAAACCGGCACAAUGAUGUGGUGCCCACCAUGGCUCAAGGAGUGGUGGAAUAUAAGGAGACCUACGGGACAGACCCGGUCACCAGCCAGAACAUCCAGUACUUCCUGGACCGCUUCUACAUGAGCAGGAUCUCCAUCCGAAUGCUCUUGAACCAGCACACUCUGCUGUUUGGGGGAAAGAUACGUGACAACCCUGCUCAUCCCAAACAGAUCGGUAGCAUCGACCCCAGCUGUUGCGUCAUGGAUGUUGUGAAAGAUGCUUAUGAAAAUGCCCGAAACCUUUGCGACCGGUAUUAUAUGAACUCACCUGAGUUAGUACUGGAAGAAUUUAACGUUAAAGGAGCCGACAGACCCAUCGCUGUGGUCUACGUGCCGUCUCAUCUGUACCACAUGGUGUUUGAGCUCUUUAAGAAUGCCAUGCGUGCUACCAUGGAGCUUUAUGAAGACGCCAUGGAGUAUCCUCCGGUGCAUGUGCAGAUCGUGCUCGGCCACGAGGACCUGACCGUGAAGGUCAGCGAUCGUGGAGGAGGAGUCCCGCUGAGGAAGAUCGACAGGUUGUUUACGUACACGUACUCCACUGCUCCUCGUCCUCAGAUGGACACGUCUCGAGCCACUCCUCUGGCUGGUUUUGGUUAUGGGCUGCCCAUCUCCAGACUUUACGCCAGAUAUUUCCAAGGUGACCUGAAGCUGUACUCUAUGGAGGGAUUUGGCACAGAUGCUGUCAUUUAUAUCAGAGCUUUGUCCACGGAGUCCAUCGAGAGGCUCCCCGUUUACAACAAAUCCGCCUGGAAGCAUUAUAAGACCAUCCAUGAAGCGGAUGACUGGUGCGCCCCCAGCAAAGAGCCCAAGGACAUGACCACCUUCCGCAGCUUCUAGCCCGACCUCAACGCUUCUGCAGACCCCUUCAUCU